GUGACAAACUGGUUAGACGUUUUUCGGAAAAUUUUUGGUUUUUAUUUUUUCUCUGGUGUAAAUAAAAGAAUAUUAAUUAUAAAAUAAACAAAAACUAAUAAUUUUGUUCACGAACUCAAUACAAGUUCAAGUGAACCCGAACAUAAUGAUUAGAAGGUAACAAAUUGAUGAAAUUAAAAAAUAAACAAAACCAAUCAAUUGAAAAAAUACACCCCCCACAAAUCAUUACAACAACAAUAACUAUUGUUUAGCAACAAAAACUGGAAAAAAAACAACAACAAAACAAUAAUAUAGGAGGUGGUAAGAAGAUAUUUGCAAAAAAAAAAAUUCAAGUGCAGAACAGUCAUUUUGACGCCAAUUUUAUUGUCGCUGAGCUUUGUGCCAUUGAUUAUGACGACAAAGGCAUCCAAUGCAAAUAUAGAAAUCAAUAAAAGAAUCGAUUUACAGGAAAAAGAAAAAAUUGAUUUAAUUGAGCCCACAACGGGUAAAUUAUAUUUUGAACACAAAACAGAGCUGAUCUUCUGUAAACCACACUUGAUGCCCUUGAAAUCUCAAGCGCUGGAGCGUUUGGAAGAAAUGCAACGUGAUACAGCAAAACAAUUGCAAGAAAAACGUUUAAGGGGCACAAUUAAAAAGAACUAAAAUUAAUUGUCGUUA